AUGGCUGACCGUCGCCCAGAACUAGAAGAGCGAGAGAUGCCGCGGGCAAAGCGACCAAGAGUGGAUGAUCGGGACCCAGCGUCAAAUCCGUACCUCGCCCACAUGUACGAGAACAACGGCAACGGCAAUGGCGGUUACAAUGGAGUGGCCCGCACUGGGCUUUCGGACUUCAAGAGGCAUGAGACUACGGCUGCGCAGGCGCAUACUGCGGAAGAUGGACCAAAUAAUCCUUUCAACAACACGCCCCUCUCGAAGCAGUACUUCAACAUCCUCAAGACGCGCCGAGACCUUCCAGUUCACAAACAGAGACAAGAGUUUCUUGACAUGUUUCAUAAGACCCAGAUCCUCGUCUUCGUUGGUGAAACUGGUUCUGGUAAAACUACACAAAUUCCUCAGUUCGUCCUAUUCGACGACCUCCCACACUUCAAUGGAAAACUUGUCGCGUGUACCCAACCUCGUCGAGUUGCGGCAAUGUCGGUAGCUCAACGUGUUGCAAAUGAGAUGGAUGUGAAACUCGGAGAAGAGAUUGGAUAUAGCAUUCGUUUCGAGGAUGUCACGGGUCCAAAGACUGUCCUCAAAUAUAUGACAGAUGGUAUGCUUCUGCGCGAAGCUAUGCAUGAUCAUAACUUAGCGAGGUAUAGCUGCAUCAUUCUUGAUGAGGCUCACGAACGUACACUUGCUACAGAUAUAUUGAUGGGACUGCUCAAGGAGGUUGCACUCAGGCGGCCUGAUCUCAAAAUUGUCAUUAUGUCCGCUACCUUGGAUGCACAAAAGUUCCAGCGCUAUUUCAAUGAUGCUCCACUAUUGGCUGUACCUGGAAGAACACAUCCUGUGGAGAUCUUUUACACUCCCGAACCCGAGCGAGAUUACGUGGAAGCUGCUCUACGUACAGUCCUUCAGAUCCAUGCCACCGAGCCAGAGGGCGAUAUCCUGUUAUUCUUGACAGGUGAAGAAGAGAUUGAAGACGCAUGCAGGAAGAUCUCUUUGGAGGCUGAUGAAAUGAUAAGAGAGGCUGAUGCAGGGCCACUGAAGGUUUAUCCCCUUUAUGGGACACUGCCUCCUCAACAACAGCAGAGAAUUUUUGAGCCAGCGCCACCACCCUCCAGACCCGGAGGUCCUCCUGGUCGAAAGGUUAUUGUUGGAACGAACAUUGCAGAGACCAGUUUAACCAUCGACGGUAUCGUAUAUGUCGUAGAUCCUGGUUUCAGUAAGCAGAAGGUGUACAAUCCCCGAAUUCGGGUUGAAUCACUGCUUGUGUCGCCUAUAUCAAAAGCUUCAGCCCAGCAGCGUGCCGGUCGUGCUGGUCGUACGCGCCCUGGAAAGUGUUUCCGCUUGUACACCGAAGCUGCUUUCAAAAAGGAACUCAUCGAGCAAACAUACCCCGAGAUCCUUCGGUCGAACCUUGCGAACACUGUUCUGGAGUUAAAGAAGCUUGGAAUUGAUGACCUGACACUUAUGCGAGCUCUCGAAGAACUAAACUACCUAGCCUGUCUCGACGAUGAUGGAAACCUUACCCAGCUUGGCAAGCUUGCUUCGGAAUUUCCAUUGGAUCCAGCUCUUGCCGUUAUGCUCAUCUCUUCUCCCGAGUUCUACUGCUCUAAUGAGAUCUUGUCGCUCACAGCCCUUCUAUCCGUCCCUCAAGUAUUUGUUCGUCCAGCAAGCGCAAAGAAGCGCGCAGACCAAAUGAAGGACCUCUUCAAGCAUGAGGAUGGUGAUCAUCUCACCAUGCUGAACGUAUAUCACGCCUUCAAAGGAGCUGAGGCACAAGCUGAUCCAAAGCGAUGGUGCCAUGAACAUUUUCUCAGUCUUCGAGCCUUGCAGUCAGCCGACAACGUUCGCCAGCAGUUGAAACGCAUCAUGGAAAAGUCAGAGAUUGAUCUUCUCAGCACGGACUUCAACGAUAAGGAAUAUUAUACUAAUAUUCGACGUGCCUUGGUUGCGGGCUUCUUUAUGCAAGUAGCGAAGAAGGACGGUAGCGGAAAGACUUACAAGACUGUGAAGGAUGACCAGAGUGUCUUGCUACAUCCAAGUACCGUUCUCGCUGUUGACAGUGAAUGGGUGGUCUACAAUGAGUUUGUACUCACGACCAAGAACUAUGUGAGAACGGUCUCAUCUGUCAAGCCGGAAUGGCUGCUGGAUAUUGCACCAAACUACUACGAUCUCACCACAUUCAAGAAAGGAGAUGUGAGGACGGCCCUUGAAAGAACCUUGGACAGGGUGAAGAGGAAGCAGUCAACGAAAAGGAGUAAAUAA